AUGAAUACCGAAGAACGUAUUUUCAGCGAAUCCUCUCCCGAAGAAACCCGAACCGAAACUUCAAUCGAAGAAACCCGAACCGAAACUUCAAUCGAUGGAACGUCUACCGACACAAAUACGAACUCAACAGAAGGCCAGAGGACAAGGAAAAAGACACCAAUCAGAGAAUAUCUAGAACCGGUUAGUGACGGCGGUAGUAUCUGUAAGCUUUGUCGGACCAAAUUUGGACCUAAAACAGCAACAUCAACAAUGAAUCGUCAUUUUGAGAAAAAUCAUAUAAGCACUCACAAUCAGCUGAGGCAAAGAACGUUGGAUGUACAACGUCUCCAUCCAUAUGGUCCUGCCAAUCAGACGAAAGUAGAUUCAAUUAAUGACGCUUUUCUUCGAUGGGUAAUAAUUGAUCAACAGUCGUUUUCUCUGGCAGACAAUAAAUACUUCCGGGUGUUUGUUACUCAACUAGAUCCGCGAUAUAAACCUCCCUGUCGGCAAACAUUAUCACAAAAAAUAAACAGUGAAUUUCUUGUGAAGCGUAGUGAGUUGAAACAAUAUCUAAUAACAAUUCCGGGGAAAUUGUCGCUGACCACUGAUAUGUGGACAUCGGCCACCAUGCAACCAUAUUUAGCCAUCACCAUGCAUUGGAUUGAUUCAGAUUGGUGCAUGAGGAAGUUAUUACUUGAUCUAGUUCCGUUUCACGAUUGCCACACUGGAGCAAAUCAGGCCAAUACAAUAGUGGCACUGCUCAAUGAGAUGGAAAUCGGUCAGAAAUUGCUUGCAGUAACUACAGAUAAUGCAGCAAAUAUGGUAUUAAUGGGAAGGAUUUUAAAAUCAGAAUGUGCAGCCCAAUUUAAUAAUGCAGAUGUAAUACAUCUUAGAUGUGCUGCGCACAUUCUAAAUAUAAGUGUCAAAGCAGGCAUAAAGUAUGUUUCUGAGGAAAUAAAGCUUGCCCGUAAUUUCUGUAAAAAAUUAAGAGAUUCGUCAACCUUACUUGAAGAACUGAAAAGAAUCUUUACUGCCUUGGAUAAACCAUUUCUCAUGCCAGAAAUCGACUGUAUUACGAGAUGGAAUAGCACAUAUCUUAUGUUGGCGAAACUGACAAAAAUUCGGGACGCCACAGAUAUUGUGGUACAAAGAAGAGCUGAACUGCGCCCUCAUUAUCCAGAUGAGACAAAUUGGGGAACGAUUGAGGAUCUCAUGAAAAUUCUCGAACCCAUUUAUAAAGCAACGGAAUUAUUGUCAAGCUCAACCUAUCCUAGUCAAGGGGAUAUUAGGAUUGUGUUUAUCGGUCUGCUACGCCAUCUACAAGACCACAGCACAAAUGGUAACAGCCAACAAACGGUAGCAUCCGCUAUCAGGACUAAAUUAGAUGAAUACUGGACAACUGUGGACAGUACGACUUAUAUAGGAACAAUUCUUGAUCCUCGCUAUAAGCUGAGUGUAUUCGAGGAGAGUCAGCGACCCACAAUCAUGCAACUUCUUCAAGAUAAACACGAUGAAUACUCUCCUUCUAUUGUCACUCCCGCACCCGCCAGACAGUCUAACCGAGACUAUUUCAGGAACCUUGUCAAUAAUAAUGCCAACCCAAGCCAGUCUCCGUCACUUGCAAACCAAGUCGAACUUUACCUAACCACCAUGGCAGAAGAAGAUGCAGAUCCACUUCUGUGGUGGAAAUGUAAUUCAGAACGAUACCCAGUUCUGGCCAGAAUAUCUCGUGAUUAUUUUGCAGUGCAAGCGACUAGUGUACCUUGCGAACAGGUAUUUUCAGUAGCAAAGCAUACUGCAAGCGAAGUAAGGAACAGAAUAGACCCGCAGACUGCACGGGCCAUAUUAUGUCUAAAAAGUUGGCUAGUUGAUGACAAAUUUGCUCAAAAUCGGAAUUGA